AUGCCCAAGAACCCGCUUUCCAUCCCCGGCAGCUGGGGCCAAGAGUCCGAAACGCAGAGAGAGGACGAGCAUGAACAAUCUCAAACUGAAUCGGCGGAUGCCGUCCCACGAAGUGUCGCCGCCGGCGUCGUCAACAAGUCCGGAGAAAUCGUAGACGACAGCGGCAAGGCCAUUGGCAAGAUACCAGACUCCGAGGACCCCCAGGAUCUCGUGGGAAACACCGCCACCACAGCCGGCGACAUCGUCAGCGACUCAGGUGAUGUCCUCGCCAAGGCCUCGCUCGACAGCGAGUACACGACACAGUCGACCAAGGGCGAGGCCAAGUCGGGCAGCUGGAACCUGCUCGGCAAAACAAAAGGCGCCGUCCAGACGGCCGAGAACAUCCGGAAGCCCGUCAGCAAUACGCUUGAGUUUGCGGGCAACCUGCAAACCUUGAGUCAGAACCAGCGCGGUCGCACCGAUGAGAAGCAGGCUGAGGGCGCUCCGAGCAGCGCCAAGGGUGAGAUCCCGGGCGAGAAGCAUUCGACAGACGCGGACACGUCUCGACAGGACACUUCUGCCAAUGUUUCCGAGCGCACCUCUGUCAAAGACCCUGCAGAAACCCCGUCCUCGUCAGCCCAAGGCGAACAUCUACCAUGCAUUCAACUCAAAGACAAUGACACCCCGACCGGCGAGAGAGCGACGGAUAAGUGUCACAAAUCGUCCGCCGCCGACAAGGCUCAGGAGCGGUCAAAGGCGGCCACAGACGACCACGUCAAGGACGCCAAGCCCGACAUUGACAUCCCAGGAGAAGGCAAGACCCCCGAUGAGCCCAUGGUCGUGAGGAGCCCCGCGCCAAUCGACGAAGACGACAAGGAUGCCAAGUCCGAGACAAAGCCCACAGACGCGGCCACGAAACAAACCGCCGACGAGACAAACGAAGAAGCUCUGGAGCAAGCAACGGAAAAGGGCCCCGAGCAGGCAACCGACAAGAGCUCAGAUCAAACAGAGACGGCUACGGAACGAGGUCGCUCGGCCACAGGGCGAGCACCCUCUGAGCAGCAUUCGGAGCAGGUAACGGAAAAAGCCGUUGAGCAUGCUCCUUCUGAACAAGUCCCCACAGACCAAAGGUUGGAGCACGCGACGGACAAGACUUCGCAACACACUCCCUCAGAACAUGGCCUCGAGCAGGCUUCGCACAAGGGUCCCGAGGGCCUCGACCAAGCUCCAGAUCACACCACGGAGCGAGCGCUUUCGGAGCACCCCACUGAGCACGCCUCCCUCGGCCGCACGCAAUCCCAGUCGCUCACGUCAGCCAGCGUCGACGACUCCGUUGCCGACACCGAGACCAAGGCUGAAGGCGAGGCCGAGGUCGGAGAGGAAACCAAGGCCAGGGCCGAAGGCGACCCCGAGGAUCCAGCAGCCCUCGGGGAGACGGACAAGGAUGGCGCACAGGGUGAGGAGCGCAAGGACGAGGAAGAGCAACAGCAGCCUACAGCCCCAAGCAUUCUCAAAGGCGCCAAGGUCAACAAGGCCGGCAACGUCGUCGACAGCGACGGCGACGUCGUGGGGCGGUUAGUCGAAGGUGACGCUAAGCAGCUCCUGGGUAAGAUGGCCGACGAGUCGGGCAACUUCUUGGACGAAUCGGGCAAGGUGAUUGGGCGUGCUGAACCCCUUCCGGAUGAGGAAGAGCCAGCGCCUGCCGAGGAGGAGGAGAAGCAGGAGCCUACAGCCCUAAACAUUCUCAAAGGCGCCAAGGUCAACAAGGCGGGCAAUGUCGUCGACAGCGACGGCGACGUCGUGGGGCGGCUGGUCGAAGGCGACGCCAAGCAGCUCCUAGGUAAGAUGGCCGACGAGUCGGGCAACUUCUUGGACGAGUCGGGCAAGGUGAUCGGGCGUGCCGAGCCCCUUCCGGAUGACGAGGCGGCCGAUGCUGAGGAAGAGCAGCAGCAGCCCGUAGAUUACAGCAUUCUCAAGGGCACCAAGGUCAACAAGGCCGGCAACCUCGUCGACAAAAACGGCGACGUCAUCGGCCGCUUGGUUGAGGGCGAUGUCAAGCAGCUCCUGGGAAAGACGGCCGACGAAUCGGGCAACCUCUGGAACGACUCAGGCAAGAUAGUUGGUCGAGCCGAGCCCCUUCCCGAUGACGAGCGGGCGGGCGCCAAGGACUUUGCUCCCUUUGAAAACUUCCCUGAUGCCACCGUCGAGGCCGACGGGCGGGUCGUAUCCGAGGGCAGACAGGUGGGCACCGUCGUCGAGGGCGACCCCAAGCGCCUCAAGGGCAGCCGUGUCGACGAGGACGGCGACAUCCUAGACCGACGUGGUAACGUGGUCGGCAAGGCCGAGGCAUGGGACGAGCCUGAGGCCGAGGUGCAGGCGGAAACGGACCGGUCGAUGCUGGCGGGCAAGAGAGUAAACAAGGCGGGUAACGUGGUCGAUUCGGCGGGCGUCAUCUACGGCCGCGUCAUCGAGGGCAACGUCGCCAGCCUCGUGGGACGCAUGUGCAACAAAGACGGGCACGUCAUGAGCGAGUCGGGCGAGAUCAUCGGCAAGGCAGAGCUGGUGCCGGAGCACGAACGCGAAGGGUCCCGCGACGGACCGUUUGCCGAGCUCGUCGGCUGCACCGUGACCAAGGACGGCAAGGUAGUGACGGGUGCCGGGGAUGUGGUCGGGCGGCUCACGUCGGGCGAUGGCAAGAAGCUGUUUGGCCGCUCCGUCGACGAGGACGGCGACGUCGUGGACCGCAACGGCAACGUGCUGGGCAAGGCAGAGCGCUGGGAGGAGCCCGAGGUGGAGAAGAGGAGGGAUCCGCUGGCCGGCCGCCGGGUCAACCGCGAGGGCAACAUUGUCGACGAGGACGGCAACCUCAUUGGCAAGCUGGUGAGCGGCGACCUGGCCAUUUGCUCGGGCAAGGAGGUGGACGAGGAUGGUGACGUUGUCAACUCCAAGGGCAUCACCAUCGGACACGUCAGCCGGCUCGAGGACAUCCCGCCGGAGCCGGAGCCGGAGCCGGAGCCCGAGGUGGAGACGGAGACUGCGGAGGAGAGGGAGGCGCGCGAGCAGGCGGAGAAGGAUCGCAAACUUGCGGGACAGCUUUCAGCGUCGAUCGAGCAAUCACUCGACAAGAUCCGUCCCAUCUGCAAGAUGAUCACGGACAAAAUUGACAGCGCGGAGCGCAAGCCCAAGGACGAGCUCGACGAGGAGCAGCUGGUUAAGGAAGUGAAGCCGCUCAUCGAGGAGGGCCACAGGGUCCUGACGGAGACCAACGGCGUCAUCCGCGGGCUGGACCCGGACGGCCGCAUCCAGCGCAAUGCCAAGCACAAGGCGGCGACGCGCGACGCGAGCCCCGAGGAGCACCACCUGGCCGAGGUGCUCAAGGAGCUCACGGGCACCGUCAGCCAAACCAUCGAGAACGCUCAGCGCAAGAUUGACGGCAUGCCGCACGCCAAGAAGGAGCUCAAUCCUCUAUGGGGACUGCUCACCGAGCCGCUCUUCCAGAUCCUCGCGGCCGUGGGCCUGUUGCUAAAUGGUGUGCUCGGGCUCGUCGGACAGCUGCUGAGCGGUCUGGGCCUGGGCGGCCUCAUCGACAAACUGCUGGGCGGAUUGGGGCUCAAUAAGAUCCUCGGAUCCCUCGGCCUGGGCAGUGCGCUUGACGCGUUGACGGGCAAGAAGAAGAAGUAA